GUGUCGGUCUGACUGGCUAGCAUUUCCUUGGGAUCAAAGCACUUUGUGGAGAUUCGAAAUGAAACUCUUCUUUAUAUUGGCUGCCUUUGCAAUGGCCGUCUCGGUGGUCAACGGCUAUUCCGACGAUGACGCCUGGAGAGACUACAAGAAAAAGCACAAGUUAGACUACAACAUUGCAGGUGACGACGGAAGGCGAGACGGAUUGCGCAAGAAGAUUUUCCUCGCCCAGAGGGAAAGAAUUAAUAAACACAACAGCGAAAGCAACAACUAUUUACAAGCACUCAGUGAAUUUUCCGUUAUGACCGCCUGGGAAAAGAAACAAUUCCUCGGUAUUGAUUCUUCCAGGGUCCCUUCCGCCGAGUUUCUCAAGUCCAUUCCGGUUUUUAACUCGCAAAAUCGCAAACUUCCUCCGAAUUUGGACUACCGUUUCGACCGCUGUUUACCGGCAGUCAGACAACAAGGGCGGUGUGGAAGCUGCUGGGCGUUUACUGCCAUUACCCCGCUCGAGUUCUCGAAAUGCAAGAUAACCGGAAGCCCCGUUAUGUUGAGCGAGCAGCACUUGGUUGAUUGUGACACCUCCAACAACGGAUGCAACGGUGGGUGGUACAUGGACGCCUGGAAUUAUCUCAAGUCCAAAAGCGGAUCUGCAAAAAGACAACUCUACACCUACACUGGCAGGAAAGGUGCUUGCAAAUUCAAGACCUCGAUGGUCGGAGCCCAGGUAUCGACUUACGGUUACGUUCAAAGUAAUAACCCGGCAGCCAUGCAAUCAGCCCUGCAACGAUACGGUCCCCUUGCAGUUGCCAUCAAUGUCAUAAACUCGUUUUUCUCUUAUGGGGGCGGCGUGUACGACGAUCCGGCUUGUGAUGGACCGGAUGUCAAUCACGCCGUUGUACUGGUCGGAUAUGGCAAACUCAACGGAGUCGACUUCUGGGUCGUUCGGAAUUCUUGGGGGACCGGCUGGGGGAUCUCGGGCUACGGUCGAAUCCUGCGCGGUGUCAACAGAUGCAACAUUGAAUUAUAUCCCGCCUAUGUUCAAGCCGUUUAACUGAAUUGUUAUAAUUUAUUUCAUAUUUUUUCCUGGUCUGUUUCAAUAUUUAUGGAUUUGGGGUUUUGAAAAAUAAGAAUAAAUCUAUU